AUGCUCGAGGAGAAGUGGAUGCUGAAUCGAGAAGAGGAUGAGAUGAGUUUGUGGCUCGAGAGGCAGGUCGCGAUCCGGGAGUUGAGGGCCUACCACAAGUACCGCCGCAACAGCUACGGGAGAAAAGUCGAACUGCUGAGCACUGGGCAGGCACUUGGACAAGGCCCCAGUUUUAGCCUGGAGCCUAAUUGUCCAAGCCGUAAGGAAAGCAGCUCCGGUGAAACUGACCGGGGGAGAGUGCCUAAAGCACCCAAGGACCCCCUCCACCGUAAGUUGAGCGACUGCGCCACGCCUAACCACCGCGACGGCAGAGACGGAUAUUCUUGCCAAGUGCCGCUUCGUGCCUCAGGCUGCACUUCCUUUCCCGCCUACGGCUUGCACACUCCCACUCGAGGACUCUGGACCGAUUUGAUUCGAUUGAUUGCAAGACUUCAAGUGGCAACCCCUUCCGUCCUCAGUUUGUCAGGCGAUGUGGCUGUUGCGUGGGCUGAACCAUCUAUCGACCUCAUUUUACUGGAAGAUGCAGCAAAUUCUGAAGCAAGCCAGGAUGGUGCCCUCGAUGCGUGUUCGACCAGGCUGAUCCCUGCCGAGCCGUGGGAAAUGAGGCAAUGUGCCUGA